AUGAGCUGGGGGACACUGUAUGCCCAGCUGGGUGGUGUGAACAAACACUCCACCAGUCUGGGAAAGAUCUGGCUGUCUGUAUUCUUCAUCUUUCGCAUCACCAUCUUAGUGCUGGCCGCAGAGCGGGUGUGGGGCGAUGAACAGUCUGACUUUACCUGUAACACUCAACAGCCUGGCUGCAAGAACGUCUGUUAUGACCAUUUUUUCCCAGUGUCGCACAUUAGACUCUGGUGCCUUCAGCUUAUAUUUGUGUCCACUCCAGCUCUCAUGGUGGCCAUGCAUGUGGCCUAUCGCAGGCGGGGCGCUAAAAGAGACCUUAUUGCAAGACAUGGGGACAAAAUCAAGGAAGAAGACUUGAAGAACCUCAAGAAUAAACGCCUUUCCAUUACUGGCCCUCUCUGGUGGACCUACACCUGCAGCCUGUUCUUCCGUUUCAUCUUUGAAGGUGGCUUCAUGUAUGCUCUGUAUUUUGUCUACGGCGGGUUCCACAUGCCACGCUUGGUCAAAUGUGAGGUGUGGCCUUGCCCUAAUAAAGUGGACUGCUUUAUCUCGCGACCCACUGAGAAGACUGUUUUCACCUAUUUCAUGGUGGGAUCAUCUGCCAUAUGCAUGGCGCUCAACGUGGCUGAGUUGGCCUUCCUGAUCAUCAAGGCUUUGAUAAGAUGUUCGAAAGGACGCGCCGAGAGGAGGCGGGCUAAUGGAUGUCUGGAUAGCUUGUCAAAAGACAAGGCUUUAUUCCAGAACCAACAGAAUGAAAUAUUACUCUCUGACUUGUCCCGUGACAAGACUGUGUGA